AUGAGCAUGACGACGACGGCCUCCAGUGUCACCGGUUCGUCUACAUCGCUCACGCAGUCGACUGCCACGGCCACGGCCACAACGAGGUCUCACACGGCCACGGUCACCACCUCAUCGCUGACGCAGACAUCGCCGACGCUGACAUCGGCCACGUUCAGCUUUACAUCGCUGACGAGCUCUUUGACCACCGCCAGCGUCACUGGUACUUCUGCAUCUUUGACAUCCUCUACGGUGAUGAGCAUGACGACGACGGCCUCCAGUGUCACUGGUUCGUCUACAUCGCUCACGCAGUCGACUGCCACGGCCACGGCCACAACGAGGUCUCACACGGCCACGGUCACCACCUCAUCGCUGACGCAGACAUCGCCGACGCUGACAUCGGCCACGUUCAGCUUUACAUCGCUGACGAGCUCUUCGACCACCGCCACCAGCGUGACCGGUACGUCCGCAUCUAUGACUUCCUUUACGGUGACGAGCAUGACGACGACGGCCUCCAGUGUCACCGGUUCGUCUACAUCGCUGACGUUUUCGACUGCCACGGUCACAACCGCGACUGCUACCACGGCCACGACCACCACUGCUACCACGAGAACCACCUUGACAACUACCACCCUUCCGUUCAGGAUCAUGCAGAGCAUGGCCUUCACCAGCAGCGGAAGCCAGGAGGAGGUUAAGACCGCAGUGACCUUGCUGCUCCUGGACAAGAUCCCGGUAGCGCAGGAACAGCUGGUGGUAGAG